CGGAGGAGGCGGGAGCAGAGUGAGGUCACGUGGGCGGAGCGCGAGCGGGGCCUGCAGGCCGGGCUGACAGCCUCUGGUCGCGGUUUCUUCGCCGCUCGUUCGCUGGAGAGCCGGGAAAUAAAGGGGGAUUUCAUAGGACUCUCCGUUUUACUGCUGCAGCAAAGCCCUGAGAUCCUUGGUGCCCUGCUAUCUCACUUCUAGUAGACCGGCGAAAUUGAAGAGCUCAAGGAACUUGUUUCUUUUGGCUUCUGAGAACAGAAUGUCGGAACUGAGCGAUGAAGCCAGCGAGUCGGAGCUUUUGAAUCGCAGCCUAACCAUGUGGCACGGGGAGGGUCAGGCAGCCAGCCGCCAAGAGUUAGACGUACCUUUGGACCUUCACACAGCAGCCUCUAUAGGCCAGUAUGAGGUGGUGAAGGACAGCAUUGAACGAGGGGAGAAGGACUUGAAUCAGCAGAACCGCGGUGGCUGGACUCCACUGAUGUAUGCCUCCUACAUUGGUCACAACACCAUUGUGCACAUGCUGCUCGAAGCUGGAGCAAACGUGAAUAUGUCAACCCCAGAAGGACAGACUCCACUUAUGUUGGCAGCCAGCUGUGGAAAUGAAUGUGUUGCUGCCUUUCUGCUUCAGCAAGGUGCUGAGUUGGAGAUGAAGGACAUCCAUGGUUGGACUGCCCUUUUUCAUUGCACCAGUGCUGGCCAUCAGCAAAUGGUCAAGUUCUUACUGGACAGUGGAGCCAAUGCCAACCGCAGGGAACCCCUUUGUGGAUACUCCCCUCUGAUGGAAGCAGCGGCUUCUGGUCACGAGAUUAUCGUCCAGUAUCUUCUCAGUCAUGGUGUGAAAGUGGACAUACGGGACAGCACAGGGGCCACAGCACGGACCUUGGCCAUGAAGUAUGGACACAUGAAGAUCGUAGGGCUGAUAGACUUGCACACAGCCCCUGUGCCCAAAGUCUUCCGCAGGGGCACAGGAAAGUACGAAGAUCUGAGCUCAUCAGAUGAGUCCUACUGCGCUCCCCAAAGACAAAGGCCUGUCCGUAAAUCCAAAGGCCCCAGUAUCCAUGAAGGGCCUCACGCUCUGGCCAAGAUAACGGCAGUCAGAAUUGGAGGGAAGAGUCGGUUGCAUUGUGAGCAGGUCCCUCCAGAAGGCUAUGUCACCUUUAAAGAUGAUGGAAGUGGCUUUGAGGGAGGUGACCUUCGAUACCGAGAUGUCAUCUCUCCCAUCAAUGACCACGACGUGGAAAGCAGUAGCAGCCGAGAAGAGAAUUCCUUCUUCACAAAUGACUUGGGCAGUGUCCGGACCAGCAGUAGCAGUGAGGGCCUGGCCAGGACUGUGGGGAUCAGCAGCGAGGGCUCUUUAGAGAGCAAUGAGGAUUCUGACCACGCACCAAAGUCCUCCAGUCGAAAACAGGCCAAGAGUUCCAUGAAGGCAAAGAAUCGCUAUGGCAACAGUGACACCCACUGGCCUUGGAAGUCCAGGGCAUCUGCUCAGCACUGUGGCCCUGCUAACGAAGAGACCUCCUCCUGUGCUGGUCCCCAGGAUCUUGCCACCUUCCUAGAUCAGAUUGGCUGCCUGAAGUACUUGCAAGUAUUUGAGGAGCAAGAUGUCGACCUCCGCAUCUUCCUGACUUUAACGGAGAGUGACCUAAAAGAGAUCGGCAUCACGCUCUUUGGACCAAAGAGGAAGAUGACCUCUGCCAUUGCCCGAUGGCACAGCAGUGCCCGGCCACCGAGCGAUGCCCUAGAGCUGGCCUAUGCUGAUCGACUGGAAGCAGAAAUGCAAGAACUGGCCAUUCAGCUUCACAAGAGGUGUGAAGAGGCAGAAGUGCUGAAAGGACAGGUGAGCCAAGAGCAGGAGCUGCGGGCUGUGGUCGAGAGCUGCCUGAUGGAGCAGGACGUGGCCUGGAGCAACGCCCAGGCCAGACUCCAAGAAGCCCAGGCCGUCACCAGAAAUGCUGGAAGCCUCUUGGGGCAGAUGCAGGCCUGCCAGACAGAGCUGGCUUCCCGGAUAAACCAGGAAGAGGCACCUGGCCAGAGAUUGGAGAUCAGAGCACAGUUAGGAGCCAGCCCCGAAGGUUGGUCAUCUGCCUUGAAGGCCCUUAGCCUGCCUGAGCUGUCAACUCUUCUGGAGGAGUGUGUGGGAGAAAUGGGGACAGCCCUUUGCUCUGUCAACCAUAAUCUUGAGAGGCUACAGUGUCCUGAGAAGGGCAAGGUGCUCCGCAAGCAGCCCUAGCAGUAGAGGAAGAGAUGCUGACGUUGGGUGAUCAUUCCACCCUGAAACUGUGUUUGCUGAGAGAAUGAACAAGUGCAAGUGAUGGAUCAACUGCACAGGCCAUCUCCAGCAAGAGCCGCAGAAAGCGCGCCUGCUGUUGGUUACGAGUGAGGGCAGAUCUGCUGAGUGGCACACCUGCUGUGCUGAAGGAGGAACAUGGGUCUGAAUCUGCAAAGCCAGAAGAAUGGUGAGCACAGGAGCUCUCUAAAGCUUGGAAGUUCCAAGCAGGCAAGUUAACGUGUGCCUUGUGGAAGACUUGCUUGCUAUUUCUUAGUGCUCAAGCAAGCAUUGUUGAUACCAAUAUCCUGGUUUCUUCUUCGUCUAUCCCUGGGUCCACAACAGGAAACAUAAUGGCAAUAAAACCCUCAGCCUAGGGACUUCAUCUUCUUUUGACCUAGAGACCAAAAGAGUUUGCAGUUCUCCCCUCCCACCAUUUUACGGCUACCCUUUCUUUUGUCCUCCAGUCAAAUGUGAUAUUUUAAUGUGGGAAUGCUUAUUUUUAGCAGGAACAAAAUGCACCUUUUUGGCAUCCUUUAUUUUAGCACACAAUUUGAGAUUAUAGUCUCACACUUGACAAUAAGAGAUGCCCCUAUUAGCAGAAAUGGGGUUGUAAAAUCUGCUGGUAGUCAGAACAAGGUACUCUGGAUUUGGCUAAGGUUCUAGUUCUGAAGGGCCAGAGAUGACACCCGGUCUUGUCCUUAUAAGAGUGGUAAUCCUAGGGUGUGUAAGGCCUCUGACAUAGAGCGCAUGCUCUUUCAUUGAAGUGAUCUCAUGGAUAGCUAUUCCAGGGUAACUGAUGUUGCAAGAUGGUCCUGAGAUUCAAAGCAGAAGGUUGUCCAGGUUCUCCAGCUAGCAGUCAAAGGUAAUGGUCCUGGAAGUUCUGAAGAAGUUGUAUCUGCCGGAGCCCAUCCUGAUCGUUGAAGAGCUGGUGGGAAGGAGUUGAAUGCCUUUUCAUUCUAUUUUCUUACUGAUACGCCUAUCUCCCAAGUGCCUUGGCUCACUGUACACUUCUAUUUGGCAGAGAUUCCCAAAAGGUAGAACACAGAACUCAGUGAACCUGCUUCUUCUGUAAAAUGAGUCACCCAGAACCUGGCUUGGCUGCCAUCAGCAGCAAAUGUUUAUGUGCUAGGCAGUGGACGAAGGGUAGCAUGGCUUUAGAAAGAUCCACUGUUUGAGAAGACGACUGAUGCUGCCAGGGGGAGCCUCUAUGCAGUGGUUGGACUUCCUUCUCUAUUUCACCCCAUGAUCGUGUGGGCAUUUUUAAAGCCUGAGUGAGCACUCCAGGGUUCACGGCUGCUAAUACUGUUAGUUAAAGGGAGUUGGGUGUGAAAUGUAUUUUUUCUGAUGCGCACCAUAAGAGUCCUCCUCUCGGAAGCGGUACAAUAUUUUAAAGAAUGUCCUUCAACUUUUAAUAUUGUUAUAGUCUGGUUUCUCUUCAGAUAGUAUACAUCGUUUGCCUUUUACUAAAGAUUGUGAUUUUUUUUUAGCUGUCUUAAAUUAUUUCUGGCAAGGUGCGAUAGAACUUCAUGAAGUACAAAUCAAUUUAAACCUUGGGCAUGGCUGUACUACUCCCAACCACAAGAGGAACUCAAAGGAUCACAGGGUUUUACGUGCUGGCUCAUCCUUCUCCAUCUGGUGUCUUCUGGAUGUUUUAAAAAGGCUCCAGAGCCAACAUAGCCAGGGAUCAGAGAUGAUGGGCAUUAUGAUCUGAAACUAGUGGAGGGCACCAGGUUGGAGAAAGAUGGAGGCAGGGUUUCUAGCAAGAGUAUUUUAUGCUCUUAUGCCAGCUGCUCUCAUGUGUGCCGGGACCAUUUUGUAGAGACGGUAGUUCAGUCAUAAAAUGCUCAAUUGUAGACUGAAAUGGUACAGCUCAGGUAUGUCUUCAUCGCUUUGUUUUUUUGCAUGUGAAAACCAGACAUUUGGCUAUUUAUAGCAACAUAGCAUAAAAAUUGCGACCUAUUUUUGAUAUACUGAAGUGGAUGCUUUUCAAAUAAAACAAUGUUUUAAAAUGCA